CAUAAACUAGGUUGAGGACUACAGUAAAUAUUUCCAAUGAUUCUAUUGGUUAAAACUCAACCUACAUAAAUGUUCUUCUCAAAAGGACAAGAGGAUGUAAACACAAGUAAAAUGAAAACACUUAUUGAGACAUAUAAAUCCCUAUAUUGUAAAUAGCUAGUGGAGAUAAACGCAUAUUUUGAUGCCAAUCCAUGGUUAACAUUAUGACUCAUUAUGUAUCAGACAGUUGGUUAGUACUUCUGAGAAAUCAUUAAGAUUUUGAAAUACAAAGGAAGCACUAUGAAAUCUAGAGAUAUUCCCAUGUUUCAGAAAGAUCACUGUUGGGAAAGUGCCACUGCAUAAAAAGUGUAAACAACCGUUAGCCUUACUUAGUACAGAAAGCUGCUUUGCUACAUAAAGCCGACUUACUUAUCAGACAUGAUGAACUCCAAACCAAGCAACUUGAUAUUGACAAUUUUUGCUAUUUGUAUUGGACUCUCAAGUCAGCAAGGGUGCCCCUGGCCAUGUUCAUGUGUGGACCUCACAGUUAACUGCAGAUCACGAGGCCUCACCUCUAUACCGACUAACAUUCCCAUUGAUACCACUGCCCUUGACCUCAGUGGAAACAACAUUGAAAGAAUUACUGAAAGAAGUUUCAACUCAUUGAAAAACUUGACGAUUUUGCUCCUGAAUGGCUCAAAUAUUAAGUACUUGGAUGCAUAUGCAUUUGAUGGACUUGAAAACAUAUUCAGCCUGAAUUUACGAGACAAUCAAAUUAAAGCAGUAUACCAGAAUACAUUUACUGGUAUAAAAUUUCCCUCUGGACUGUAUGAAGUAUGCCAUAGACAAGCUGGGCUUCUAUGGGAUGAUUGCAUGGUGGAUUUGCGCUAUAACCCAUUAAGUAAAGUUGCAAUCUAUGCAUUUGCCCAAACAAAAGGCAUACGUGUCUACUUUGGUGAACAGGAUGUUCCAAUGAAUAUGGUGGGCGCAUUCUGGGGAUCGGACGAGGCUAAUGAGAUUGUCUUUGUUAACAUAAAAGAACUAAAUCUUGAGCUGAUAUCAUUUGGUGGAUGCACUAGGCCUAGACAUAUUGCAAUAAUUGACACAUAUUUGCCGUAUCUGCCCUGGGGUACAUUUAAGGAUAUAACUGAAAUAGAAAGCUUAGAGUUAGAUAACUGCACAAUUGAUCGAAUAGCCCAAGGUGCAUUUGGAGGAAACACUUUCAGAGGAAGAGAUCAUUAUUCUGCUGAAAAUGUUAUUCAAAUAAAUAAAUGUACCAUAAAUUGUCCUAUUCCUAGUUAUGCAUUUUCAAAUAGCACUGUUAGAUCCAUUGUAAUUACCCAGAAUACACUUAGUGGUUUCGAGCCAUUUGCUUUUGAUGGUGAACGUGGGAAACUUCAUCUGUCAGACUUGAUCAUAGCAGGAAAUGACAACUGGACCGAAGUGAAUACGAACACUUUUGCGAAUAUCAGAGAAGCCAAGAGUGGCAUAUUUAUCAGCGGAAAUAAUUUAACAGAUAUCCACACUGGAGCUUUCACCAACACAAGAAAUGUGGGCAGACUUAAAUUUAGUAAUGAAUCAACAAAACUCACGGUGCAUCCUCGUGCCUUCAAUAAUGUAUCAAAUGUCACACAAUGGAUUGAAUUUGAAGAUAUGAGAAACGUCAUUCUGAAAAGCCAAGCCUUUUCUGGUGUUGCAAAUAUUUCUACAUUACGAUUUUAUCAAUCAAAAAUUACAAAAUUUGAUCGAAAAUUCAUUGAUGCAUGCAAACCUGGUAUCAGAAGCCUUACCCUUAAUAGUAAUCCCAUACCAUGCGACUGCAAUGCAGCUCAUUUGGCUUUAUUCUGCAGGAAUGCCAAAAUAGGAUAUUUUGUGAGUUGCAAUUUCAAUGGCACCUCUACUAGUGUAACGGCCCAUGAUUGGGAAAGCAAAGGACCAGAGUGGCAUCCACCAAACUCUAACCUACCAAACUGUCAAAACAUCGAUCCAAUCACCUGUGGAGUUUCUAUUGUGCUACCAUCUUUUAUCUCAAUCGUGAUUGCCAUGACGAUAUUUGUUUAUACAUGUUUGUGAAAUAGCCUUUGCAUUGAAGAAUAGACGAGAGAUGAGUCAUGAUGUUGUCAUUGUUAUUAAAGAAAGUGGGCAAUAUCAGUAGAUAUAGCCUGUUUACUUUCCCAUUGACAUCCAUACAAAUGCUUCGCUAGAUAUGUAGUAUUGAAAGGUACAUUAAGAAGAUGUGAUACACACAAAAAGAUGUAAGACAAUCUCUAUGUUUAUAUUAUCAUUGAGAUUUUGUCAAGUCUCUGAGCACUUUAUAAUA